CCUCUUCGACUUCCUGUUUGCCGGCUCGCGAGCUUCCGAGCGUCCCGAACACGAAAGGGCAGAGUCGAAGCAACCCGCGGCGGAGCGCGCCGACGACGACCGCCCGCUUGACCGCAGCGGACGGACCCGGUCGGAACCGCGCGCGUAGCAGGUGCGGGCCGGCGGGCAGCUCGCGGAAGCCGGCUCAGGUGAAGGAAGCGGUCGAGGAUCGGACGCCCGACAGCUCACCGUGCUAACGUUGCCAACUAGCAGCCGAGUCGAUUUGUGGUUGCGCUCGCGGGUUCUGCUGUGAAGUGGACUCGGGUGGCGCGUUUGGACUUUUUUGAAGUUGGUUGUUGACUUUGGACCCCCCCGCGGCGGAGCUAACGUGGGAGACGAUGGCUCAUUAACCUUCAGCCAAUCAUCGUCGAGGACGUCGUGUCCGCCGAGCGAGCCUUCCAAGUCGACUUUCGGAUGUGGUCCUGUCGGGAUGCAGUUUGAAGUUCCUCAUUGAGUUGGGACCCCCGCGGCUGAGCUAAAGAUGCUAAUGCUAAAUAGCAUCUUGCGUUUGGAGCUUUUGUUUGCGUCGCACCUGUCUUUCGUUCGCUGACGUUGGCGUGAGAUGUCUGCGCCCGCACCCUCGCCGGCCUCGCUGUGCUGCUGCCGCAAGUCUUCCUCCGGAGGAGGGCGCUGCCUGGGGGAGUCCGCCGCCGCCGCCGCCGCCGCCGCCUCCUCCUCCUACACCACGGGCUGGCGGCGGCGGCCCCCCGCAGACGUGGCGUCCGCCUCCAACUUUGUGGACUUCGGGCUGCGUCACUUCCACUUGGACCUGCGCGUCAACUUUGCGCUGAAGGAGAUGAGCGGCUGGCUGGUUCUGGACCUGCUGCCCCUGGUCGCGGGAGCCCGGACCCUGGUGCUGGACGCGCACCCGUCCCUGGCGGUCCGCGCCGUCGACUGCGAGAGCGGCGGCGCCCGAGAGCCGGCCUGCCUCGCCUUCCGCCUGGAGCCUUUUGCCAGCUUUGGCUCCGCCCUCCAAAUCGACCUUCCCGAAGCGCUUGAGGUCGGAACGCCCCUGCGGGUCGCCGUCAGGUACGCGGCCACGGACGGACCUGCGAUGUGGUGGCUGGACUCCGAGCUGACGUGCGGUCAAGAUCGCCCUCUGGUGUUCACUCAAGGUCAUUCGGUGUCCAACCGCUCCUUCUUCCCGUGCUUCGACUCUCCAGCCGUCAAGAGCACCUACACGGCGGCCAUUCGCGUUCCGGACGACACAACAGUUGUGAUGAGCGCGUCCCGCAGUCGCUACUCCAAAGCCGAGCGCGUCUUCCACUUCUCCAUGGACGCGCCCGUGCCGGCCUACCUGGUGGCGCUGGUGGCCGGGAACCUGCGACACGCCGACGUGGGCCCCAGGAGCCGCGUGUGGGCCGAGCCCUGUCUGCUGUCGUGCGCCGCCAAGAAGCUAGCGGGCAGCGUGGAGCGCCUGCUAACCACGGCGGAGGGACUCUUCGGCCAGUACCUGUGGGGGAGGUGCGACCUGGUGUUCCUGCCGCCGGCUUUCCCCAUGGUGGCCAUGGAGAACCCGUGCCUGACCUUCAUGGCGGCGUCCAUCCUGGAGAGCGGCGACUUCCUCCUGAUCGACGUGGUGCACGAGAUGGCUCACGCCUGGUUCGGCAACGCCGUCACCCACGCCAGCUGGGAGGAGAUGUGGCUCAGCGAAGGCCUGGCCACCUACGCGCAGCGCAGGAUCACCACGCGGGCCUACGGCGCCGCCUUCACCUGCCUGGAAAGCGCCGUACGAUUGGACGCCCUGCACAGGCAGCUGCGCCUGCUCGGCGACAACAACCCCGUCACUCGGCUCCAAGUCAAACUGGAGCCCGGCGUGAACCCGAGCACCUUGAUGAAUCUUUUCACGUACGAGAAAGGUUUCUGCUUCGUAUCCUACUUGUCGUCGCUGUGCGGGGACGUCGGACUCUUUGACGGAUUCCUGCAGGUCGGUGUCGGACUACAUCAGCCGCUUCAAGUUCCAGAGCGUGGUGGCUCGGGACUUCCUGGACUUGUUCCUGGCGACCUUUCCCGAAGCGGCGCAGAAGGAAGGUGUGGAUUUCCAGCGCUGGCUGACGGGCUGCGGGGCGCCGCCGCACCAGCCGGACCUGUCGGCGGGGGCCGCCUUGACCCGGCCGGUGAGGGAAGCGUGCCGCGCGUGGAGCGGCGGCCGCGCAAACGACACGCGCGAGGCGCCCGCACUUUUGGAAGUGGCGGGCUGGAGCACGUUCCAGGUGGUUCUGUUUCUGGACUGCAUGCUGGACCGGGCGCCGCUGCCGCACGAGGCGAUGUCGCAAAUGCGCACGCGCUACGCCUCGCUGUUGGACGGCCCGAACGCGGAGGUCCAAGUGCGCUGGCUGCAGCUGGUGGUCCGGAGCCUCUUCUACCCCGACCUGCCCAGACUCGCCGCCUUCCUCCAAAAACACACGUCUCGUAUGUACGCGGUGCCGCUGUACGAGGACCUGUCGGCGGGCGCCAUGCGCGGCGUGGCCGCGGACGCGUUCCGGCAGACCCGGCGUCGACUUCACCCCGACCUGCGGCGAACGCUGCAGCAAAUCAUGGCGCGGGGACAACACAGCGCAGACGCAGCGCCACCCCUGCAGCCGCCCGACGCCGCCGUCGUCCCCUUACGAGACGUCGACGUGUCGGCUUGAGGGAGGCGGACGCGCUCGCCUCCAUGUUGCCUGCGCCCGCGCCGCGCCCGCGUGGACUUCCCGCUCCGAGGACGAAGGCGCGACCACAUCAGGUCGCCGCCGUUUACAGUCGCGCAUUGGCCGCCGCCAUCCCCUCACGUGCCUCGCGGUUGGCUUCCGUGAAGCCGUUGCUGCCGACAUGCUAGCGAAGCGCUACACCUUCCUCUUCUUUGGGUGCGUCUUCCCCGAGGCAACUUUGAUUUUGUGCAAAUAAAAAAGAGUGGGGGUGGGGG